CAAACUUUGCCACGACCCGGAGGCCCACGUGAGCAACUCUACCACAACACAGGAGGGUUGGCUGAAGAGAAGCUGCAGCUUGGAGUUUUGUUGUGGAAGAAGAUGGUUUGAAUAUCUGGUGAAGGCUAAAUCUGUAAUAGACUAAUAGAGUAAUAGUAGUCAUGGACUGCGAUGGAAUAAAAGUGGAGCCUUUAAGGGUUUUAGGGAUCUCCCAUGACUCAUGAGGCCAUUGAUAGUUGAUAAGAUUCUCAAGGCCAUAAUAAGGACCCGUAUCAGUAUCAGUAGCAGAAACCCAGAGAAGAAAGACACAACCUUUUGCAGGCCAGAUUGCCAGAAGUUCCUUAAAGAUGGAAUCGGAGAAUACACAACAUUUCCAGAUUAUUGAGAUUCAUGGGGAUUUUUCUGGUGGAGAGACGAAUGUGGGUGGGACUAAGAUUUGUGGAGAAGCACCAUGUGGACUAUCAGAUGUUGGACAGAAUUCUAAAGAUUCCAAAGAACGAUCAACUGCCAUGCGCAAGCUCUUGAUAGCAGUGGUACUUUGUGUUCUCUUCAUGGGUGUUGAAGUGUUUGGUGGCAUUGAAGCCAAUAGCUUAGCAAUAUUGACUGAUGCAGCACAUUUGCUGUCCGAUGUUGCAGCCUUUGCCAUCUCCUUGUUCUCCCUGUGGGCUGCUGGCUGGGAAGCCACUCCCCGUCAGUCUUAUGGCUUUUUCAGGAUCGAGAUACUCGGUGCUCUUGUUUCUAUCCAACUCAUAUGGUUGCUUGCUGGGAUAUUGGUGUAUGAAGCCAUUGUUAGAAUGAUUAGUAACACAUCAGAGGUGAAUGGUUUUCUGAUGUUUCUUGUUGCUGCAUUUGGUCUAGUAGUUAAUAUUGGCAUGGCUGUACUGUUAGGCCAUGAUCAUGGUCAUGGCCAUGGACAUGAUGAUCAUGAUCAUCACAGCCAUGGAAUGACAAUUUCUACCCAUCAUCAUCACCAUGAAGAACACUCGGAUGAUGAGCACCAUCAUGAUCAUGAAGAACACUCACAUGAUAAACACCAUCACAGUCAUGAUGAUCAUAAGCACAAUGGUGCUGAUGAAGGCCAUGCUCAUGAGCCACUCUUGGACAAGCCAAAAGACGGGCAUGGACAGAAGAAGCAACGGAACAUAAACGUGCAAGGAGCUUACCUCCAUGUUCUUGGAGACUCAGUUCAAAGUAUCGGUGUCAUGAUUGGUGGGGCUAUCAUAUGGUACAAGCCGGAAUGGAAAAUAGUUGAUUUGAUUUGUACCCUAAUUUUCUCGGUUAUUGUGUUGGGGACUACUGUCAGGAUGAUGAGGAACAUACUCGAUGUACUAAUGGAAAGCACACCACGAGAGAUUGAUGCAGCAAAGCUCGAGAAGGGGCUGUUGGAGAUGGAAGAGGUGGUGGAAAUCCAUGAGCUCCAUAUAUGGGCAAUUACAGUUGGGAAAGUCCUGCUGGCUUGCCAUGUGAAAGUCAGACCAGAAGCAAAUGCAGACAUGGUGCUGAACAAAGUGAUUGAUUAUAUCAGAAGGGAGUACAACAUCAGCCAUGUAACUAUACAAGUUGAGCGUUAGCCAACUCUGAAGGUUAGGAUCAGGAUUGGGUGAAGCUUUAAAUUGAUCAUAUGGGUUAUAUGCAUAGUUGCAUACGGUUCUUAAUUAGAUGAGGGUCCAUAUUUUUAGCAUCAGAGUUGAUAUGCAGGCAGUGCUUUGCUGAUCUUACCAAAGAUGCAUGUUUUUGGUGACAAGUAAAGAGUAACUACAUUUCGGUUACAAGAUGUAGAAUUUGUAGAAAUGUCAAUUUGCAGCCACCUUCAUUCUUACGAUCACAAGCCCAUGGGGAGGUAACUGGUUCUCUCUCAGUUUGCACGUAUACUGAAAAGUGAAUGAUGACAAUGUGAUUUGAUUGGUUUGUAACAAUUUGCAUGCAUAGUUAUAUCACUUGCCUUGGAAUCAAAAUUGUAUAAGAGUUCAGUGUCCAAGUCUGUUACAUUUCUUAGGCAAUGUCCCCCCAUUGAGUUGA